AAGAUGGGUUUUGUUAGAAUCGCUUCCUUUCUCUUUGUGAUCAUAUUUCUCAUUAACGGCGGUUCUUCCACCACCUUCACCGUCGUUAACCAAUGCAACAACACCGUUUGGCCAGGACUUCUCUCUGGCGCCAGUAAAACAGCUCCCUUGCCCACUACCGGUUUCUCCUUAAACUCGUCCGAGUCACGAGUCAUCUCCAUACCUGCUUUCUGGUCCGGCCGCAUAUGGGCUCGUACGCUCUGCAACCAAAACGCCACCACCGGGAAAUUCACAUGCGUCACAGGCGACUGCGGCUCAUCCCAAAUUGAAUGCUCAGGCGCCGGAGGCAUUCCUCCAGCUACACUAGCCGAGUUCACACUCAACGGCGCAGGAAAUCUUGAUUUCUACGACGUCAGCCUCGUCGACGGUUACAACGUCCCGAUGACGAUCGUUCCUCACGGCGGAGCAUCCGGAGUCGGUAAAUGCAUGGCCACGGGUUGCGCGGCGGAUCUCAACGGAGCUUGUCCUGCUCAGCUAAAAGUAACUUUGGAAGACGCAGAUGGAGUGGCUGUGGCGUGUAAGAGCGCUUGUGAAGCAUUUGGAACACCGGAGUAUUGCUGCACCGGUGCGUUUGGAACGCCGGACACGUGUAAGGCGAGUGAGUACGCUGGUUUCUUUAAAAAAGCUUGUCAUACGGCUUACAGUUACGCGUACGACGAUGGCACAAGCACCUUUACAUGUUCCGGGGCUGAUUACGUCAUCACUUUCUGUCCUCUUUGACAAAAUCAAUACCAUAAAAGAGCAUUGUUCUUUUUUGAUGAAUUGAUUUAUGUUUUCUAAAAUUACCCUUAAUGAUAUGAACAAAUUUUGAUUU